AUGACACCUAAUCCGAAAUUGAUAUUUGAACAACCGAAUGUUGAGAAUACAAUACCACUUUCUGUUUAUCAGGCUUCAUCACCAGAAAAGUUCUCUAUUGAGGACGAUGAUAAGCUUGUGCUACAUGCUGGGGGUUCAGGCUAUAAGAUUGCGGUUUUGAGGAACGAUCCGACUCAUGAAGUGAAGAUGCAUGAAGAAAUUCAAAGUAUAGAGAACUCAGACAUUUCAUUAUUUGUCCUAAAUACUUGCUUCAUAAUAUGGCUCGAUGAAAUACAGAAGGGGUUAGAAUUACCAUAUCAGAGUAUAUCAUUAAGCGCUUUGCAAAAUAAUAGUGACAGCCAGGCUUUAUAUUUACAACUAUUAUCGAAUGACUACAUUUCGAGCAUACCGACGGAACCAACAGAAUAUACCUCGACUGUAGAGUUAAUAAUAACCAAGAACAAAGAUAUCCCCAAGAAUAUGGUUAAUCGACUCUUUGAAAGCACGAAUUCGGAGAUUUACGGACUAUACAAUGGUCUAUCAACGUGCUCGGCAUUCCAUUAUGACUCGGAAUCUGAUGAGGAGAAUGGAGAUAACACAGAUGGGUUUUAUAGUAUGGGUUUUCAAGACUCUGACUCCAAUGCUCCAGUUUUGGAAAUACCGUCAUCGUGGAUCGAUAAUGAAGAAAACGACCACGAUAUUACGAUCAAAAAUAUUGGUGAUGCCGAUGACUUGGAGUUAGAUGAAGAAGAGUUACAACGAACUAGAGACGAAAGCGCCACUCCUGUUGCAGGUAUGAAUGUCGAUGUGGGAUAUGCUUCACUUGUCGGAAGUAUUCGAAAACGAGGUGACGAUGAUGUAGGUGAAUUUUACAAAUCAAGAAAAUUGAUUUGA